AUGAACGAAUCUAUGCAGCCGCCAGCUACGCAAUGUGAGCGAUGGCUCCAGUCCACCGUGAGCCUCUGCCUCCGUUCUCUGCACCAGCUGGCUGUCGUGCCCUACGAGGUGGCAUCGGAGCUCCAGCUGCAGGUUCGUGCUCUUCUAGGUCGAGCAUACAGCAAGUUGGGCCGGCUCUACGCGAGCACUGGCCGCUUCACGAAGGCAAUGACGCACGCGAAGCAAGGCAUCGAGCUUUUCAACGCCACGAAGGACAAGCUUGAAGCGGCAAAGUUGCAGAUCUGGCUCUGCAGAUUGCAGUUGCGCAUGGCAGUGCCUCAGGCUGCUUCGUAUACUCGUUCGACCGACUGCCAUUUCCUGGACAAGGAUCCUGGCCUUCUCAGCGGUCUGUCAGCGGCUGCCCCGACGGAAGAGAUUGCGUUGCAGCAGGUAGUCCAGCAACUUCAGAAAGCUUUGAGCGCUUUGGACAGCACGGCGGCCCCGGAGAACCAAGCUUGUUCCGAGGGCCAGGUUCUUCUUGGGAAGGUUUUCUUCCGACAAGCCCUGGUCAGGCUCGCGAAGGCUGGAGCUCCGCUGAAGGCCUGCGGCCGGCUUGGCGAGGAGGCCUCGGAGGAUGCCAUCUUCGUCAGUGCACUGGAUAUCUUGGAGUCCGAAGCCAAGCUGGGCCAAAGCAAGGAGGACUCCAUCGUGAAGGAAGCCAUGGAGAGACUGCAUCAGGCUGCUACAUGCUUUCGGUCGGCUGAUGCCCCUGUUCCUUGCUGCUCCGUCCAUGCCUGCCUUGCUUUUGUGUAUUUCUGCACUGCCGGUGCUGACUCCCGGCUUCAGAAGCUGGCGGUGACUCAUUGCCAGCAUUCGCUUGACCAGUGGGCGGCUUCACCCGUGGCUGAACGAAGCGAGGCUCUUGGAGUUGCGACGAAGCUGCUGGAAGCAAAGGCCGCUCGCCGUACUGUACAGAAAGGUCGGCCAGCCUGGGCUGGUGAUGCCAAAGCUGCGUCACUUCUCUGUGAAGUUGCUAUCUCAAGGCUGAGCUCGGGUCCGGAGCUGCCUAAGACGGGCGGCGACGAGGCCGUUUUCCAGGUCAGCGAGCCGAGCCAAGGUUCUCACAGCCGAGAAGAGCAGAUGCGCAAUGCCUUGCUGUCUACGGGCGAGGACCAAGGAGCCUGCCUCAUGUACGUGAGGCAAGAGCUCAGCGCUGUUCUGCUACGUUUGCUGAAAGCAUGCGACCAGGAUGAUGUCGGCCGCGAUCUGAAGGCGGCAUAUUGUUCUUUACUCACCGCGUGGCACGAGGCUUCUGGCCAGGUGGAAGCUCUCACUGCGGUGGCGGCCCAGACCAGGAAGAUGAUUGGGGACUUGCUGCCCUGA